GUAGUCCCAAGGAUCAAUAUGGCCUAUCGUUGUCACUUUUGUCAACUACCAGGGCACUUUAUUCGAGAAUGCCCGUUCAAGCUUCAGCCUAAUGGCGCGGAGAUGGCCGCCAGGAUUCGCGACGGUGGAUUAGGGACUUCAAACCGGAAUGAGCCAAACGGGAUUCUGCAAGCGUUAGCACAAGGGACUAGCACAUCUAAUGCUAUUGUUCCAUAUCAGGCGCCACAGGACAGAAGUUUUGGCGGCAACAACGGGAGCUACAAUCGAGGUGGGAACUUUAAUUAUUGUGGAGGUUACAGCGAUGGGCAACGUUACUCGAGACCUUGGUCGGGAGGCUACAGAGAUCGGGAACGGGAUAACAAGUUGGAUGGGAUGUACGGGUUACUAUCCGAGCAAAUGGAGGAACGGGAACAAAAAAAGAAGGAGUCUGCCCAACUUAAGUUGUUAGCGGAGGAAAAGAAGAGGCUGCAAGCCGAAGAAGAAAAGAAGCAACAGGCAAUCAAGGAACGAGAGCAGCAGGAGGGGAAGUUGGGAAAGAUCGUUCGAACAAGUGUGCAGGCAGUAUGUGAGGCUGCCUUGGGUAGGAAGGUACACAUACCGGAGGAUGAGGAUUACGAGAUCAGCAGAUUAGGGAAGGAGCUAGAAGAUCUACGGACGAAAUCAUCGGAAGCAUCGAGCAGCUCUAGAGAAGAUGACUCGAGGCUGGAGGCUUUACGUAAGGAGAAAGAAGCUCUGCUCAAGAUGAGAAAUCAGGAGACAGAGGAAGAACGUUUGCGGAAGGAGAUUGCGCAACUAAGGAGUCGUAAUGGUCCUGAUAAACCGAACAAUUUGAAGGAGGAUGAAAUCCUGGCACUGCAGCUGCAGAAUAAGGAGUCAAACGCUUUUCGUACGGUGCUGGAAGGCAAGAACGCUGAGGCCUCUGCACUACAAUCCGAGAACAAACAUCUCAAGAAAGACUUCUCCGAAUUGCGUGAUGAGGUCUUGGCACUCCGAGGGAAGAGGGAUGCGGGCGCAGUCACUGAGAAGAGCCCGCUUGAUGAACCAGCAAGGGGGAAGCCGCGUGCGGGGCCGUCCUCUACGGCGAUGUACACCCCGAAGGACCUUGGAGACCUCCAGAAAGCCUACAAGGAAUCUCUAGCUGGUAAGGAGAUGGCAUUGAAGGAAGCGCAGAUGUUGAAGGAGCGGAUGCCACACAAGCACUUGAUAUUGGAAGGCACUAGCGAGGGUCUGGACUGGCCUCCUACACGAAAAUUUUAAAAGAUUCUGAUGGUACAUUUUUUCAGGCCUACUACACGAACAAAAUUUUAUGUGAAGU